UUUGACUGAUGAGGAGGGGUGUCGAGCGAGUGUCGAUUUGGUGUCCGUUCUGAGUACGGUUUUGGUCCGUUUAUCGCUCUUCAUCUCAGUUUAAUCGGUGACCCGCAGCUAGGCCCGUUCAGAUAAGCCAGAAAUUGCCGCUGCCGGUGCCGGACAUUCCCAGCAAUUUCGCGCGCGAUUCGCAAGUGCAACGGGACAGUGGUUGCUCGCAUCCACCCGAGGAAGUGCAAGCCGAGAAUUGGCCGCUCCAGAGGUUAUCGUGGUCGCGCGGGUUCCGGCUCCAGCAGGGAAACAAACAAAACAUCAAGUGCUCGCCGCAUCUCGGCGGUCCAGAUGAGCGCCAGGGGUGGCGAACGUUUACGUUGGGGCUGGCGUGUGUGUGUUGACAAUUGGUGCGGGUGGCCAGCGGCGGAGUCGACGGGGCGGCGAUGUGGCGCGCGAUUUCAUUGACUCGCCGUCUGCCAAGUGUUUCUGUCCACGCACGGUCUAACUGGCGCGGGGGUGCGUAGGAAAGGGUUGUGCGGGGCAGCCGUUGACGGCCUGUGUCUGCCGUUUUCACGUUUCAUUCAACUCUUCGCGCGGAUGCGUUGGGCCGUUGCAUCUCGCGGGUGACGUAUGCGAACGUGACGCGCGGACGAGGUGGUGUGUGUGUGGCUGCAUCGACGACUAGUGCGAGUGUGUGCGAAUGUUUACAGUGGCUUCCAUGCAAGAAAUGCUCGUGAUUUUGAUCCUUGAAUGAUGAUUUUUGGAGUUAUUUGUGGUGAUAGAGGAGAAAUUAUUGGUUUCAGUGAUAGAUCAUAACUGAAGGAGACGUUCGCGCCGGCAUUGUUCCAGUUUGGAGGGGUCCAGGAUAGACACCGCAAAGUGAUUCAGUUUAUAUUAAAACAUACGCAUUUCUCGCCAUACUCUAAAUAUAAUCACCAUAAUGUGUUUCGAUCGAGGAAAAGACGAUGAAAAACUCUAAAUUCACCUACUAUUGAUAAAAGUAGGUUUAACGGACCAAGCCAAACACCAGUACCUUUAAGUGUUCACCUCGCAAGAGACUAACAAAGUGAUAGAAUCCUCCAAUUGAUAAUCGUCUUUACUUGAAUCUGGAUCGCUUCCUAGAAAGCAUCCACAGACAAGUAAUCCAACUAACGUUAUAUUUAUGGAUGCCGGAGGUCUUCCAGUAUAUCAGAGCGCCAAACAGGCAGCCGCCGCCCAUCAGCAACAACUAAACACCCACUUGCAAUUGCAACAACAUCAACAACUGCAGCAGCAACAACAACAGCAGUUGCAUCAUCAACAACAGCAAUUGCAACUUCAUCAACAACAAAGUUUAGUACAACAAGGGUUGCAUCUUCAACAGCAGCAACAAUUGCAAGCGGUUCAACAGCAGCAAGUACAACAGCAACAGGCUCAGCAACAAAUCCAACAACAAGUUGUACAGCAGCAACAGCAACAAGUUCAACAACAGCAACAACAAAACUAUCAACCUGGAAAUGAUAUCCUGCCACCAAAAAGACAGGCCGUUGUUGAUCGGCUUCGGAGAAGGAUCGAAAUCUAUCGACGACGACAAAGUGAUUGUGUACCAAGAUUUGAUCAGUCCUUCAGCAAUGUCUGUGAACAGCAGAAUCAGGAGACGAGUAUCCUGCAGAAGCGUUAUCUUGAAAGCAAGGCGAAACGUGCUGCGAAAAAGACGGAGAAAAAGCAACCGGACAAUGUGUUAGCGAGCAACCUGCAGAGUAGUGUACAUGUGAAACAAAAUUUCCUCAAACGGCCUGCGGACGAUGUCGAUACUAGCGGUGCUGGCGGUCCAGAAAAUUUCGAACCACCGGUCAAACUUCAGCACAACGGUUCCGAAAACUUAACAAAAAUUCUCCGUUGAAAUUGUACAACAGCUGGAAUUCACAACGUCAGCGGCGAAUUCGCAACCACAGCAGAUAAGCACAAAUGUCACGGUGAAAGCCUUGACAAAUACAUCUGUAAAAAGUGAAGGUGGGGGUGGUGCAGGCGGUGGCGGUGGUGU